CCGACUUCCACGCCGCCGCUUGCCUCUCUCAUCGGUAUCAUGGCCAUAGGCAAGAAGCUAACUAAGGAAGAGGAGCUUUUGCUUCAAGAUUUCAGUCGCAAUGUAUCGACUAAAUCAUCUGCACUCUUCUAUGGAAACGCUUUCAUCGUCUCCUCCAUUCCUAUAUGGUUGUUUUGGAGAAUUCAUCAGAUGGAUUUGUACCAAUCAGCGAUUAUCUUCGCUGUGAUGACACUCGUCAGUACGUGGCUGAUUGCUCUUGCCUACAAGAACGUCAAGUUCGUUCUCAAGCACAAGGUGGCACAAAAGCGAGAGGAUGCCGUCAACAGGGAGAUCAUGAAGAAGUUGUCGGACGACAAGAAGAUGUCAAAGAAGGAAAAAGAUGAGAGGAUAUUGUGGAAGAAGAACGAAGUGGCAGACUACGAGGCUACGACCUUCUCCAUCUUCUACAACAACGCCCUCUUCCUCACGCUCAUCAUUGUCACAUCAUUCUACUUGCUCAGGGCUUUCAACCCCAGUCUCAACUACUUACUAUCUGUUGGCUGCGCAUCCGGAUUACUGGCAUUGUUCUCCACAGGAUCACAGUAAAGAACAAUACCCUGCGUGGACAAUAAAGGGUUCAUGUUGUCUUGUAA